AUGCUUAGAGCGCGAUCAGCCGACGAAAUAGCCCCCUCCCCGCCUCGCGCUACACUAUCUAUGGGCCGCCUCCUCCCCCUCCUCCCCUCUCUUCAUGGUCCCCUCCUCCCACUUCCCACUCCCCCCUCUCUUCCCCCCCCUUUUUUUUCCCCUUUUCUCCCUUUCACUCUCCUCUCCGGUUCCUUUUUUCUUUCUUUCCUUCUCUUAUAUCUAUAUUUCCUCUCAGAUACAUUACUCAACAUAUGUUCACAAUAUACGAAACCGCCCCGUCAUAGCUUACAUACGUCGAAAAUACAAUACGUUCCAAUGAAAUAGAAUGGAAUGAAUGGUGUUCGUGGGU